AUGUGGUCCUUGACGAUUCGUUACAGGUCGGCAAGGCUGGCUGAGGUCAAGAUGCGCAGCCCGCAGAGAGAAGCGAGAGGGAGAGGAGCGAGGGCUGUGCGCAGCGCUGCUGGCUUGAUAUGCUUGAGCUGCUUCCUCAUCUCCAGCGCCAUGGGAGCGUCGUUUCCAUAUCCUGGGCGUUGUGUGGUCUACAAUCCGAGGAUGGCUGUGGGGAGCUGCUGCUUGCGCGUACGAGGAGGGGAUGCCAGGGAGGAAGAAGAGGCCAUAGAGCGGAGCAGCAAGAAGCUCAGGGCCUCACAAGACGCCGACGGACAAGGGCCUGACAAGGAGAGGCCAGAUGUGAAGCAAGGUCCGAACCCCCCGUCCAAGACAGCUUCGGUGGAGAUCCUCAGCUCCGGGGCCUCUGCUGAGGCUGAGCACCCUGGGACUCAGAGGUCUGCAUGGAUGAUGGUGCAAGGAACCAUCAAAGGUAUACAACAAGAGAUCAAAGAUACACGCCUCGAGGUCGAGGGUGUGCAAGCAAAGAUUGAGAGUGUACAGCAAGAGAUCAGAGGCGUACAAGUACAGAUCGAAGGUGUACACGGAGAGAUCGAGGAUGCAUUGAGGCAGAUACAAGAUCAACAAAACUCUACGAAGAAGGAUGGGCUUUGGACGCUUCUAAAUGAGCUUAAAGAUCACAAGAAGCAGCUUGUAGGGGACGAGAAGCGGCUUGAAGAGGACAAAAGGCGGCUUGUAGAUGACGAGAAGCAGCUUAUACUGAAGCGAGAGAAGCUUUGUAACAUUCUUAUCCUGCAAAGUUCACCUACACUGGCACAGAUUCCCGAAACUUCCAGACCUGAAGGCAAGACUUUGUUGCCUAAACAGUACAUCAGCUUCUCUACAUGCUUGGGAGGCCACGAGCAACUUGGACGCAAGCUCUUCAUACGCGAGAGCUACUUGGAGAUGAUGGAGCGGAUUGCCAUGGAAUUCAGGUUGGACCCCGAGACCCUCAAGGACGAGGAGUCCAUACAGAGAGGUCAUCAAGUGAUCCUCACAGGUACUCCAGGGAUCGGGAAGUCCUGCUUCGCAUACUUCUUACUUGUGCAGCUUCUGCGGCCUGGUGAGCAACUAGUGUAUCAGAUAGGGAGUGAAUAUUGGUACUUUGAUGGAGAAGCAUGGAGCUUGAUCGAAGAUCAAUCUGCGGCGCGUCGCUUUAUUCGAACGUUCAGACACUGGUAUAUCUGUGACCUGGAAAACCAAGACGCGGGGAACUUUGUCAGAUCACAAUUCGCAAAGACCAUCCUGAUUUCUGCUCCCAAGACAGAGAUGUUUGAAGAUAUUUUGAAUCGAGGAGCGCAGCGAUAUUUGUUGCCGUUGUGGUCAGACGAGGAGAUGUCACUCUUCAUCAGUAUGCACGGGGAUCGUGUUGACCUGGAGGAAGCAGAGCAGAUCAUAGAGGAGUGGGGCAAUGUGCCUCGAUACAUCUUGGUGAAACCUAUACCAACACUAGAGGAGUCUGUUGUGGGAGUAGGUUCAAUGUCACCACCCAAGUGGAAGACGGAAGCGGAAUCGACCUCCAAGCUGAUUGAUCAUCCCCCCGACCUUGAGUACAAAACGUCACUUGCAGAUUCGGCUUUUGAAUUCGUUGCGCGCGAGGUGCUGAAGCGAGGAGGAAAACACAUAAUUCAUAGGCUUGGUGAUCGAAGUGCGUGGGAAGAGCUGAACUUAGAGCGAUCGCAUUACGUUGAGUUUCCAUCAAGAUGCAGAGACUUGAAAGAGCUCGAGAUCACACCGAAUGGAUAUUACGAGCCCAAGGCACCAAACUUGCCUUGCAAUGCGUUAUGCUUGUCAGAGAGCGGUGUGCUGUACAUGUUUCAGAUGACACGGGCGCCGAAUCACUUGAUCAAGCUCCAUCCAUUACUUGACACGUUGAAAGCUCUGCGAGAUAAGAACAAGUUUGAGAGGGUAUCUAUUGUGUUUGUUGUGCCUGCAGGGCAUGAUGAAUGGUGGACCUGGAAUCAAGACCAAGACUACACCUCUGAUGGAGUUGAGACAAGCAAGGAGCAGGAGAGCGAAAUGAGGAGAAUCACUCAGUUUAUCCUGACCCUGUCUAAGGAGGCUGCCAAGCGGAUACGACAGUGA